AUGCCUGCUGCUCCGAGUUCUACAUCGGUGGGAUCAGGAAGUCGUUCACCAAGCAAAGCCUCAAUAGCUCCAAGAGCUUCAAGUGGUGGUACUGUACGUCAAAGAAAGACUACAACAACAACCACUGCUGCUCGUAGCCGAACUACCGGCGCAGGAUCUGGUGGCAUGUGGCGCUUUUACACUGAUGAUUCACCUGGCGUUAAAGUAGGUCCAGUACCAGUGUUGGUUAUGUCUCUUCUAUUCAUUGCAUCAGUUUUUAUGCUACACAUCUGGGGAAAAUACACUAGGGCUUAA